AUGGCCUUCCGCACCGCCCUCCGCCGGGUCGCCGCCGUUAAUGUGCCUGCCACCCGUGGCCUCGCCGGCGCCGGUGCCGCUGCUGCCCGCCGUGCCUAUGCUACCACUCAGCUCACCCACCCCGACCCCACCGAGGACUCGGCCAGCGGCAAGAUGGUUCGCGAGCACGCUCCCUACAUGGUGACCACCUACUCUCGCCCUCCUCCCGUCUUCGUCAAGGGCAAGGGCUCGUACCUCUGGGACUUGGAGGACCGCAAGUACCUCGACUUCACGUCCGGUAUUGCCGUCAACUCGCUCGGCCACUGUGAUGAGGAGUUUAGCAAGAUCAUUGCUGAGCAGGCCCAAGAACUAGUCCACGCCUCCAACCUCUACUACAAUCCCUGGACCGGCGCCCUCUCCAAGCUCCUCGUCGAAUCCACCAAGGCCUCGGGCGGCAUGCACGACGCCUCCUCCGUCUUCAUCUGCAACUCCGGUUCCGAAGCCAACGAGGCCGGUAUCAAGUUCGCCCGCAAGGUCGGCAAGGUCCUCGACCCCUCCGGCAACAAGGUCGAGAUCGUCUCCUUCCAGAAUGCCUUCCACGGCCGCACCAUGGGUUCCCUGUCCGCCACGCCUAACCCCAAGUACCAAGCGCCGUUCGCGCCCAUGGUCCCCGGUUUCAAGGUCGGCACCUACAACGACAUCGCCUCCAUCGACUCUCUCGUCACGGAAAAGACCUGUUCGGUGAUCGUCGAGCCCAUCCAGGGCGAAGGCGGCGUCAUGCCCGCCACCGAGGAAUUCCUCGUGGCCCUUGCCAAGCGCUGCCGCGACGUCGGCGCCCUCCUGCACUACGACGAGAUCCAGUGCGGCAUGGCCCGCACCGGCACCUUCUGGGCGCACUCCUCCCUGCCCAAGGAAGCCCACCCUGACAUCCUCACCACUGCCAAGGCGCUGGGUAACGGUUUCCCCAUCGGCGCGACCAUCGUCAACGAGCACGUCGCUAGCAAGAUCAAGGUCGGCGACCACGGCACCACCUUUGGCGGAAACCCUCUCGCGUGCCGGUUGGCGCAUUAUAUCGUCGGUCGCCUUGCGGAUGGCAAGCUGCAGGAGGGCGUCAAGGCCAAGAGCGAGGUUUCCUUCAAGGAUUUGAGAAGUUGA